GUUCAUGUGAAAUUGAAAAAUAAUGACUCUGGCGGUGCCUUUGGAACUUAUUUAUAGUAAAGAGGUUGAUAUAGCUGAUGAGGGGAUUGAUGAAAUGGAAGAGGAAAGUCAGGACUCUCUUCAGAUCGAUGAGAUUGAUUCAAUAAAAUCUCUGAUCCAACAUUUCUCCAGUCGUCAUCUUCAGUCCUCAUGGAAGGUAAUGAGUGAGCACAACGAAUAUUUCUCCUGUUUUCUCCGGACUCAUUAUACUCUUAUUAGAGGAGACGGACCUCUACCUGCACACGUCAGACAUUUCAUCGCUAUCAUGGCGGCAGGUGCACAUAGCUGUUUUCCUCUUGUUGAAUUGCACAAGACUGAGUUGAUAGCUGCUGGUGGACCCAUCUCUUGGCUAGAGCAUGGUCUUUCAGCUGCUUCAGUUAAAGUUCAGAGACUGAGCGAAAUUAAUCGGAUACUCGCUCAUCAACCCUGGACUCUCACGCCUGCACAUAUAGAAGCUAUCACGAGAUCUGGUACUCCUGGAAACUGGUCUCUAUCUGAGCUGGUUUACGCCAUUGUUUUAAUGGCACAUUUUCAUGCAUUCUCAUCUUUCAUAGAAAGCUGUUCUUCAAUGGAGGAGGAUGAUAUUAAAAAUAAAUUUGGAAAACCUACAGUUUCCCCUCAAGAAUUUAAAGAUGAGAACCCGACCCGACCAUUUGAUUGUACAUCACAGAACUGCUCCCCAACCAGGACGAGCGAAAGAGUCAAAUCAUCCUCCAAAGUUUCUAAACAUCCUCAAGGCUUGGAUCAGUUUUCAAAAUCACCACCAUAUGAUUGUAGUAGACCAAAGACUGCAAAGGGAUCCCCAGAGACAGAUUUAGUGGAUACGCUUGUACAGAAAAUGCAGCUGCUGAGAGAAAAGCCGGAACCAGAUAGUGAUGAGCUUGCUGCAACGUUUGACAAGGUAAAAAUGACGAGUGCUGACAUUGGACUUGGAGCUGAGGCUAGACGAACCACACCUGAUCUAAGAAAGUUUGUGACGAACCCUGAUUUCCACUAUGUUGAUUUUGCUCAGAGAGAAUUCAAACAGCAGUUUCCAACUUUUAGAAUACAGGAUUAUAAUUGGGACGAGCAAGGGUUUUCCUUGAUAUCACGGUUUUACGACGACAUUGCACAACUGCUAGACGACAAAUUUAAAACAGCAUACAACAUGACAUAUGGUACAAUGGGGCGGUAUUCGGCCAUUGAUACAUCUAUGUAUAGACGAGCUACAUGGAAUUACAUUCAGUGUCUAUAUGGUAUUCGUUGGGACGACUACGAUUACGCAGAGGUGAAUGAGCUUUUACACAGGUCUCUGAAAGGAUAUGUUAAGACGGCUGCCUGCUACCCGGACCGCUGUUCACGGCAGGAUUACAAACACAUAAUGACAGAUUUUCUGCCAUCCGAGAAAAUUCACGUCUGUUUACUUGUGGCUGAAGCUAAAUUCCAAUCUGAGCUUCUUUAUGCUCUCAAGGCAGUGGCUGUGUAUUUCAGAUCAUAACAAAAAGAAUUUCUCACGGUACAAGUUAUCCUUUUUGUUUGAUUAACAGUAAUAUUCCAAUUUCUAAAAAUUUUAAAAUUAAUUGGAUUGUCGGUGUAACAAACGAAGAGUGAGUGUUCUUGAGGGGAGAAAAUACAGCAAAUCAAAUCAAAUUAAACCAAGUAAAUUCAUCUUAUUUGUGAUUUUUGUCAGUACUUCAUAGACAAAAGUGGCAGGAUCAAUUGCGAAUUCAGAAAGAUUUAAACCACCUUCCUACCUAAAGAUUCUAUUGAAGACCAACUGGGUUACACACAAAGGAUGAGACUGUAAAGACGAUUCAAAACUCUAAAAUAUGACGAUUUUAAGCUUGAUUUUUGGUUUCUGCGCUCAAUUGAGUGUUUUGAUGGUUUACAAAAUGAUUAGGUACAGAAAUAAGCCAGUUUGGGCCUACUAGGAACCCUAAAUACAAGGAAAUAAGCCAGUUUGGGCCUACUAGGAACCCUAAAUACAAGGAAAUAAGCCA